CGUCAUAAUACAUGAACCAGGAAACCUGUAAUGUGCUCCGCACUAUUUACAUUUUAUUCAUUUUGCAAACGCUUUUAUCCAAAACGACUUACAAAUGAGGAAAUACAAGCAAGGCGAUAUAUCAAGCGGGGAACAAUAAGAAGUAAUGCUACCAUACACGAUCUUUAAAUUGAGUUCUAGAAAAGCAAACUGCCAGAGUAAUUUUUAAGGAUAAUGUGGGGUUGGGGUUUUAGGGGUUAGUUAGGUGUUCACGGAAGAGGUGGGUCUUUAGCUGUUUUUUGAAGAUAGUCACAGACUCUGCUGUCCGGAUUGAGGUUGGAAGUUCAUUCCACCAUUGAGAACUGUUACUGAACUGUACUGCAGUUAAUAAAAUGGCUUUGUGUGAUGCAGUUCUCCAUGAAGCUUUACUUACCUCGCAGGUGAAGGAAGGCCAUGGGCGCUCUCAGCCGGCAGCAAUUCUUCCAGGAGCUUCCUUUGGGCUGCUUGCUUCCAACUGCCCAGCAGGGUCUCCUGCAAGUGUGGCAGCUGCUGAUCAUGUGUUUAGCAUGCAGACUGCUGUGGAGAAUUGGUCGCCUACCUGCUUACAUAAAGCACCUCAGCACAAUUGCAUGUGGCUUUUACACCCUCUACCUGUUCUUUGGGUUGCACAUGGUGUGGGUGGUGCUGCUCAGUCUUCUCUGCUACCUCAUCCUCUUCCUGUGCCGCCACUCCAGCACUCGUGGCCCCUUCCUUUCAAUCACAGUCCUCAUCUACCUCCUGCUGGGGGAGCUGCAUAUGAUGGACACAAACAGCUGGCACAAAAUGAGAGGUUCCCAAAUGGUAGUUGCCAUGAAGGCGAUCUCUCUUGCCUUUGACUUGGACAAAGGCACAGUGGAAAAUGUCCCGUCUCCAGUAGAGUUUAUGGGCUAUAUUUACUUUGUGGGAACGGUCAUAUUUGGGCCCUGGAUCAGCUUCAGCAGCUACAGGGAGGCCGUAGAAGGCAAAGAGCUUAGUGUCUCCUGGUUGGUGAAGGUAGCCAGCAGCUGGAUAAAGAGCCAGUUAUGCCUGGUGAUCUCCAACUGCGUCGCUCCUUACCUUUUUCCCUACUUCAUCCCUGUCUUUGGAGACAAACUACUAAAAAAUAAGAAGAGGCGAAAGAACAGAGGUUUUGUUGCAAGGUUGUUGAUGGGCUAUGAACACAGCAUGGGUUUCCAUUUUAGUAAUUAUUUUGUAAGCUAUCUGAGUGAAACCACAACCACACUGUCAGGUGCAGGUUUCACAGACGAGAAGGACCAUCUCAAGUGGGAUCUUACAAUGGUUAACCCACUAAAUGUUGAGUUUCCCAGGUCUGUGUCAGAGGCUGUUAUUUCCUGGAACUUGCCUAUGUCUCAGUGGCUCAAUAUUUAUGUAUUCAAGAAGGCUCUCAAAUUUGGGACAUUUCAGGCCAUCCUCAUCACUUACACAACCAGCACUUUGCUGCAUGGAUUAAGCUUUCACAUUGCAGCUGUGUUAUUUACCCUCGCCUUCAUGACAUAUAUUGAGUAUGAGUUGAGGAAAAGACUGUCCGUCAUCCUUAAUGCAUGUGUCCUUUCCAAGAGAUGUCCAUCAGACUGCAAACACCAAAAUAAGAAGGCAUUUUGGGUUUAUUUUAUUAAUGGAGCAUUUAGUGUACUAGCAGUGCUGCACCUCACCUACCUGUCCUCAGUCUUUGGCUCCAGUGCUGAUGAUAUAGACCCAGAUGAGGAUGGUAUGGCCAGUCAUACUUUUCAUAAAUGGAGUGAACUGAACUGGACGAGUCACUGGCUUACCUUUGGCCUCUGGGUUGUAUACCGCAUUAUUAUGUAAACACAGACAAAGAGAUUAAAUGGACAGGGAGCAAAAAACAAACCUACAGAUGUUUUAUCAUUCGCAUCUGAAGUGGUGGAUGCCGAGCUCCGUAUGACUUCACUGUGAAUUCCUCAAGCACUGAAGGACUAGAGAACAAAACCUCUAACAAAUCCAAACUUUAUCUGAUCAUCAGUACAACUCUAGUCCGGAUGCUGUGGCACUUGAGUACCGUACAAGUGUCUCUGUGGUUUCUUUACACAUUUACAGGCCACAUCAUUCUUCCAAGAGCAAGCAGCAAGAAACUGAAACUGAUUUCACUCAUUUUUGUGUAUAUGUAAUAGUACAUAUU